AUGUGGAACAAGCAACUCAAACAGCAAGUAAUGUGGAAUCACCAACUCAAACAGCAGGUAAUGUGGAACAAGCAACUCAAACUGGAGCCAAUGUGGAACAAGCAGCUCAAACAGCAAGCAAUGUGGAAUCACCAACUUAAACCGCAGGUAAUGUGGAACAAGCAGCUCAAACAGCAGGCAAUGUGGAAUCACCGACUCAAACAACAGGCAAUGAAGAAGAAACACCUCAAACAGCAGGCAAUGUGGAAUCACCAACUCAAACAGCAGACAAUGUGGAAUCAUCAACUCAAACAGAAGGCAAUGUGGAACAAGCAACUCAAAACGCAGGCAAUGUGGAAUCAUCAACUCAAACAGCAGGCAAUGUGGAACAAGCAACUCAAACAGCAGGCAAUGUGGAAUCACCAACUCAAACAGCAGGCAAUGUGGAAUUACCAACUCAAACAGCAGGCAAUGUGGAAUCAAUAA